CUGAUGAAGAAGUACAACUUAACAAUGUUGGGUGAAUUUAUUCUCAUGGGACUCACAGAUCUCCCAGAACUACAAGCUCCAUUAUUUGCACUCUUCCUCAUGGUUUACAUGAUCUCUCUGGUUGGUAAUCUGGGACUGAUCAUCCUUACCAAGAUAGACACUAAACUGCAAACACCUAUGUACUUUUUCCUCAGACACUUGUCAUUCACUGAUAUUGGUUAUUCAACAGCUAUCGGUCCCAGAAUGCUAGUAAAUUUUGCAAUAAAUGACCAUGCAAUUUCCUAUAAUUGGUGUGCCACUCAACUCACUUUCUUCAGUGUGUUCAUCACCACCGAGGUUUUCAUUCUGACAGCAAUGGCCUAUGACCGUUAUGUGGCCAUCUGCAACCCAUUGCUGUACACAAUCGUCAUGUCCCAAGGAUUUUGUCAGCUGUUGGUCACAAUACCCUAUCUCUAUAGUCUAUUUUUGUCUUUGCUAAUCAUCAUAAAAAUUUUUACUUCAUCGUUUUGUGGCUACAAUGUCAUCAAGCAUUUCUACUGUGAUACUCUGCCUUUGCUGUCUCUAAUCUGCUCAGAUACUUCUGAAAUCAAAUGGAUCAUUUUGAUCUUUUCAGUUGUUAACUUGGUGUCUUCACUUCUGAUUAUACUUGUGUCCUACAUUCUCAUCCUGAUAGCUAUUCUCAGGAUGAACUCUGCAGAUGGUAGGCAUAAGACCUUUUCCACAUGUGGCUCUCAUCUGACAGUGAUUGUCAUAUUCUAUGGUACUCUAUUCUUCAUGUAUGUGCAUCCCAAAUCCAACCAAUCCUUUGAUACUGAUAAGAUGGUCUCCGUAUUUUACACAUUGGUAAUACCCAUGUUGAAUCCUAUAAUUUACAGUUUAAGAAACAAGGAGGUGAAAAAUGCCAUACCUAGAUCUUGGAAAAAGUGUAUAAAUAUUCUUCUUAAAAUGCAUCACUGUUAA